UGGGGUUUCUCCUCACUAAUGUGGAGAGCAGUGGGUGCACAUAUAGGGCAUAGCAUGACUCUUUGUUAGAAUCCACUGCUGGCUGGGGUAAAAAAUAUCCAGUGUUGCAGGGGAGAGGGUGCUCAUCUGUAGCCCUCUUUGGCCAUCCUGGAAUUAGUGCAAUCAGCAGAAGAAUUGACAUUGGACAUUUGGAGAAACAGCGUCAUGACAACGUCAUGGCCAGCACAUUGCUCUGCAGUAAUAGCUGACCGUCCCAAAGACCUGUUACCAGUCGACAUUGCCACAAGGCUGGCGUGGACUGGCCAAAAUGUCUAAACAGAAUGAAAAUGGGUUUUUCUCAGUUAUAAAUGUCUACUAAGCAGCGUCAUGAACAGGUUUGCCCAGGGUGUCUGAUUAGCACAAUCUGGUAUGAGUGUCACAAUCUGGUAUCACUGUUACUCAGAGAGAGUUAUUCAGCACAGCAAAUAGUGACCUUAACUUACGUUUCCAUCCAAUCUAAGUGUGUAACUGUAUUUAGGCUGUAUUUACAUAUUCUGUACAUGCAGAUGGAUCUAAAGUCCUCCGUGGCGGCGGCGGGCCAGCUGAUGCUGGACGUCAUGCAGCUGGACUGGGAGCCUUUGUCUCACUGGGAGCUGGACCAGCGUCUGGACCAGGCUGUGGAGGAAAUCAUCGAGGCCGACCUGAUGGCCAGCGUGCAGGGCCAGACGGGCUCCGUACUGGUGCAGGUCUCCGAUGAUUUUACUGCUUUUACACCAGAACAAGCCCAGACUUUGACCUUCCACGUGUCGUCUGCAGCUCUCUCAGAUGACGUGCAGGAAGAGGAACCUGUUUCUGACAGUCAAGAGCACAUCAGUGAAAUAGAGGAGAACCCCACGGUUCAGUACGUCACAGCUCUUCUGCAGAACUUGAACCCGAGCCACAGUCAGAGCCGUCUGACAGGGAGAGCUCGCCUGUCUCUCUCUCACGCCGUCUUCCUGUCGCUCACUCUGCUCUGCAAACGUCUCAGCUACCGCACCGUGUCCUCCACCUUCCGUCUGGAGAAAGGCAACAUCCAUCGCAUCUUCUUCUCCUUCUGCGAGCGUGUCAAUGCGCUGGAGGAUCAGCUGAUUCGCUGGCCCACCGGCCAGGAAGCUUUGGAUCACCUGCUCCCAUUGUCCAGCUGGCUAGGCUGGGAUUCAAGGCUCCAGGAGGAAGGUCUCCCUCAAGUGUUGGGGGUUUUGGGUCACACCCGCAUCCCAAUCCGCCUUCCCAUCAGCAAACAGGACGCAGAGAGUAACGCGCCACACGCCAAGAGGCCAAAGAAGGAUCCUCAUCCGGACUCCUGGUUGAACCUGGAGCUGGUGUGCGACAGCCAGGGUCGUUUCAUUCGCUGCCACAUCAGUCGGGGUUCCGACCAGAACAGAGGGCACACCCUAAUCGAGAGAUUAAACCAGAAUCCUGAGCUCAUGCCUCCCGGAGCGUGCCUGCUCGCCGGAGCGGGAUACCCCCUCACACGGCACGUCCUGACUCCGUUCUGUCCUGGACGGAACCCCCAGGAGAACCUUUAUAACAGAUCGCUGGAGUCGCACCUGAACCGAUUCGAUCAGGCCGUGGCUGAUUUGAAGGAACGCUUCCAGAAGCUGAAGUAUCUCGACAUGGGGAAGUUUGAGAGAGCCAGAGCCGUGGUGCUGACCUGCUGCCUGCUGCACAACGCCCUGCUGGACAUGUGGUGUGUUAUUAAGGGGCAGGUGGACAGAGAGGAGAGGGCAGAGGAGGAGGAAGGAAGGAAAGAGGAGUGCGGAGUGCAAUUUAGAGAGCGAGUGGUAAAUGUUUUGUACAGCGCUCUGGAAUCAAGGACGGAUGAAAGUGUGAACGAGUCCAGACAGAUUUGAAUGUUUUCUAGUUUAGGUUGGUUAGUAUCAAAUAACAGAUGCAAUUUCCAAGCAUGGGCUUUGCUUUAAUGAUGGUUAAGCUGAUGGAUGCAGGAUAACUUCAGUGUUCUGGUGGAUGUGGGUUCAAUCCCUCCCUUUCCAGGUACUCCAGUCUUCGGAUCAAGUGGAUCAGAUGCUUCCGUUUAUCACUAGGUGUCUGUGAUCCCUGGGCCCUAAUGUGGGGCAGCAAAAAAUUACACCACUAUUGCUGGCCAGUAUGUGUACAUGAUUGGCUAAGUUUGAAGGCUGAAGCCCUGUCCAGGGUGCCUUACUGCAUUGUGCCCAGUGAGUCCAGGGAAAUCAGACCCGGUGCAUCCCUGACCAGGAUAAAUCGGUGGUAAAAACAUGAAAAUGAAAUGUAACCCCCCUGUUUAGGGUGUAUUUCUGUUUUCUGAACACUGAUUCUGGGUGUUUUCACAACCCCUGUCAGGAUGACGUGGUUACUGAGGGUGGAUGAAUGAAUGAAUUGAUAAACGAUGCUCCUUUAAAUUAAA